AUGCCACUGGCCAAAAAGAGAAAGCUCGACCUAGAAGACAACGGACCAUCAUCCACAAUCGUCCGUACUUUCGAUUUGCCUGGUCAGAAGGUCGACGUUAAACUGAGUAUAUUUGAUGAAUUGCAGAUCCAUGUUCACUCAACGGUCUUGAAACCUCAUAGUGCUUUCUUCCGAAGAUCGCUGGACUCAUCCAACAAGAAUGAUGAUGAUAAAAACACUGGAAAUUUCAAAUAUGAAUGGGCAACAGUCUACGACGAUGAUGGAAGCUGGAGUUUGGUUGAAACCAGAAAUAUGAAACAUGACAUUUCAAGCUCAAAUUUGAUGCCGAGACAAAUAAAACGUACCCAAAAACUACAUGAAACAGCGUUCAUAAACUUCAUUGGUACUUUCUACGGGAAAUCAUGGGUAAUAAAAAAUACCGAGGCUUUGCAGCUGGUCACCGAAUUAGCCGAUUAUUAUUGCGCUCUUCCAGUUGUUUCAAAAUCGCUGCAUGGCGCAUUUUUCAGAAGCCCUGAAUUCUCCAAAAGAAUUUUCUUUAGCAAUAAAUUGACAUUGCUCAAUUUAGCAUUCAGAUUACGUUCUCCUGAGCUCUUUCGGGAAUGCAUGAUAUGCUUAGUUGGAAGGUGGCAAGACCACACCUGCCAAUAUCCGAUUGAAAGCCAACCUGAGAUGCUGUAUAACCCAAAACUUACAAAUCGGAAGCUAAACGAGUUAGCGAUCAAGUUACAUAACCAAAUAUGUAUCAAAGUAUCUGCGACUCAACGACAAAUUGUUUUUCAUUGUCAAGUCAAGCCAAAUGCUCUAGGAAUCAAGGCCAAAAUCGAAAGAUCUUAUCUUGACAAAAUGAAGCGGAGAGAGACUGAAAAAGGAGUCUACGGUGGCCAAGUUUCACUCCCUGAAUAUUUUCAGACGUUUGGAGAAGAUUCUUCGGGAAUUUUCGCGCUAGCUGUUAGUGACAUAUUGAAGAACGAACUUAUCUUCAACAAGUCUUUACGGGCAGGGGACAUUCUGUUUCCUGGAAAAACACAGAACGAUAUUCAGGCACAUUUUCUGUGUGCAGAAAUUAAGGACGAGGAUCUACCGUGGGAUCUGAACGAAACUGAUUGGUGA